CUGUACAAGUCUCCCCGUGCCACACAGCUGCCUGUGCUCAAGGUGCCUUUGAUGUGUGUGCAGCAGCUUCUGGAAAGUGGACUGCAGCUUUCCCAGCCCCAUCACCUCCCCUCCCACCACCACCUCAGCCCACACAUGCGAUUUGUUUAAGAAAAGUGAUGAAAUGAACAAGAAGUGAUGAAUUACGGGCGAGUUUCCCUAAAGAGAGAUUGGAACGAGGAGCUUGGGGGAGCGGAUCGCAGCCAGCACAGAAGCUUGCAAGGGGAAGAGAUCUCUGUUGCCCUUUUUUUUUUUUUUUUGCAACAGAAAGGAAUUGAUCUGGGGCUGGGGGUGCUGAAUGUUUGGCUGGGUGUUAAUGUAUUUUAGCGGCGAUAUGCAAAAGGCUCUAUAUGCUUGUAUUUGACUUGCAAUGCCGGCGUCUCUCUGGGAUGCAAACCCUUGCACAGGAUGAAAACAGGUCAGUCUUCUAGAAUGCCUGAGGAAAAUUCCCCAAGACGGAGCCCUCAGAAUAUCCCUUAUCAGGACCUCCCUCAUAUGGUCAAUGCAGAUGGACAGUAUCUUUUCUGCAGAUAUUGGAAACCAGCCGCAACUCCAAGGGCCCUCGUAUUUAUCGCUCAUGGUGCUGGGGAACACUGCGGCCGCUAUGAUGACUUAGCCCAGAUGCUGACAGGACUUAACUUGUUUGUAUUUGCUCAUGACCAUGUUGGCCACGGGCAGAGCGAAGGUGACCGCAUGGUCGUGUCAGAUUUCCAUGUUUUCAUCAGAGACAGCUUGCAGCACAUUGAACUCAUGAAGCAGGAUCACCCAGACCUCCCAGUUUUCAUUCUGGGGCAUUCCAUGGGAGGAGCCAUCUCCAUCCUAACUGCCUGCGAGAGACCAGCCGAGUUUUCAGGCCUGGUGUUAAUUUCUCCUUUAGUUGUAGCAAGCCCAGAGGUAGCGACGCCUAUCAAGGUUUUUGCAGCUAAAGUGCUCAACUUUGUUCUACCAAAUCUGACGCUGGGAGCUAUAGACCCAAAUGUGGUUUCCCGGAACAAAAAGGAGGUUGAAUCUUACACCUCAGACCCCCUGGUCUACCAUGGGGGCAUGAAGAUCUCCUUUGUCAUCCAGUUGAUGAAUGCCGUUGCCAAAAUAGAGCGAUCCCUGCCUAAAUUGACUCUGCCAAUCCUGGUGCUACAUGGUUUGCCCGACAAGCUCUGCGACAUCAAAGGUUCCUACUUACUGAUGGACACCGUGCAGAGUCAGGACAAAACACUCAAGGUGUAUGACGAGGCCUAUCAUGCUCUCCAUAAAGAGCUGCCUGAGGUCAGCACUGCUGUGUUUAAGGAAAUACUAACAUGGAUUGGUCAGAAGGUCUCAGCAGCUGGAGGACCCAGCCACACUUAAGCCGACUUGUUACCUUCUCAAUGGUCUUCUGGGGAUGGAAGUUUUUGCUUGCUUGUUUGUUUUUAAAAAGUCUCUCUGGAAAAGAUUUAACUUAGAGGGACUCUUAGGAUACUUUGCUAUGAAGACAUUCCUGUCACAUAGGAGGGAGACACCACUCAGUCAUUUAAAGAGGCCAUUGCACUAAAGCAGGAAAGGGGAUUAUGGCAGCAGAAGUUGUCACUGAAAACUUCCCAGGUUGGUUAUUGUACUACAAGGCUCCUGUUCAGAAAAUCCCCACCACUACCACCACCACCCAUGUUCUUUGUUUUCUCUGGAAUUCCUGAUGUGCCAAGGCUGUUUUUAUUCUGCAAUAAUCUUGGGAAUGUUCAGUAGUUCUGCAUCUUUCAUUUCAUUCUGUUUCUACUCCUGCGGAGUACGGUCCCUUUCCCUGCUCCCGCAGUUGCAGAACAUACUGUAUAAGAAGUCUUUAUCCUUGAGAAGGGAACACUAGAGAGAGUUAGCAAAGAAAGCUUGGGGAUGGGGAGAGAGGAAUAAUUCCAUACUUGAAGGUUGAAAAGCUAAUUUUCUAGGUCAAACCAAUUUGAAGCAACCUCUUUUAGCACAUGAGGUCUGAAGGGUAGGGACCUACCCUACCAGUUUGCACUCUAGAAAGACUUGUUUAACAGCUCUUUAAUUCCCAGCACCAGAGCAGAGUUCACAGAGGAGAAGGACUAAUGUAGAAUAAGAUACUUAAAACCUACUAAGCACACACAAACCAUGUGACUUCCAGAUACCAAACCCUCUCCCCUCUGCAAGAGGAGCUACUCUAUAAAUAUUCCUAGGGGCUGCUUUUUUAAAAAAAUUACUUGUGCUACUGAUACUUAAGAUGUAAAGUCAAAAUUUUAUUUAAGAGGAAAUAUUAAUAUACUAUAUGAUGUGUAUUUUGGCGGCUCAGAGAGCUGUCACUGAGGAAGGGAGCAGAGUCUGAAGAAGGAGCUAACUGUCCUCACCCCUGCACUGUGGUAGCCAUGGCAAGGUUGUUCCACCAUGGUCCAUGCCUCUCAUAACUACUCUACAGCAAUCAUUUGGCCUUUCCCCCUCAUCAGUGGAGACGGCUAGAAAUGCUAGUCAAGCUCAGAACAUCUAGUGAAGGGAAGGGCAUUGAGAUGGCUGACAUGUACCCUCACAGUCCACUUAUUUACUAAGAGACUCAUAAUGUUAUUAGGUUCCCCUACAAGCACUUCUAAUUCUGUGAAAUGGUCAUUUUUUGGGUUAUUCUCCUAGAUUUAGCAACUGUGUCUUAGCUGGGUGGCAAUGAAGGAUCACACUUGCUCCUGAGAGGUAGGUGGGCAGUUAAAAGCAGAUCAUAGAGCACACUAGGUAGCCAAACAUCUGUAUCUGAAUAGUGGGGCUACAUAGAACAAGCUGUACAGAAGGAUAUUAAUGAACUACCACGAGGUCAGCUGCCACCAGAAAGUUUGUAAAUCCAGCAGAUUCUGAUACUGAUUGGAAGCUACAGAUCCAAGUGCCAGAGCUGACUCGUCUUUCAUACCAGCAAGGCUAGAGGAGGACUUCUAGGAGAACUUUCCAUGUGAAAACUCACUCACAUGGCAAGUGAGCUUGCAUCAACCUGUUAGCCUGUCUUCUGGUAGUUGGGUUACAGCUCGUCUACACGGGGAAAUCUACUGCCAGAACUAUACUGUUAUACCACUGUGGUUAUGCCAGUAUAAACUCCCUGUGUUUAAACAUACAAGUGUCCACACAGUUAUACCAGUGGACACUCUUAGAUCAGUUAUACUGGUAUAAUUGUACCAGGAUAGUUUUGCCAAGCAAUGCCCCAUGCAGACAUGCCCUUAGUAACAGGCCUCUGCCCACAUGCAGGAGGGAGUUUAGCUUUUUCCUCCCACUCCGUUAGGUGUUCCAACAAUAAGUCCAUCAAAGUUCUGCAGAGGAUGGGGGAAGCAUGUCACCACAGAGAAAAGCAAGUAUCCUCCAUGGCUCCCACUGUAGAGGGGGCAUGUGUCCUAUACAGGCAUUAUACAGCAGCUGGAGCUAUCACAGGUCCUCGCUGCUCCCUUUCCAACUCUGCCCUGGAGGAGAAUAGGGUAGUAUUCCCAUCAUGAGAGAUUGCUGCUGCUUCAGUGGCUCGUAAGGCAAUGUACCACUAUUACACCAAUAUUUCACUUCCCCUUGAAACCCGUUCUGGCAGGACUCAGGAAAGGUAACCUUGUGCAAUAACAAUAAGCAUCAUAAGCUCAGACCUGUUCUUUAAUAAGGGUUUGAGAAGUUAAUGGAAGUCAUCUUUGUGCUUGCAACUGUGUAGUGCAUCUAAUCAGAAAUGCUGUUCUUUACAGUUUGGCUCUGGCAUUUGUACAGCUCUGGCUUCCUGGCUGCAAUCUGAGAAAUCAUUAUAGAUCUCAGCAGUUCAGCUGGACUUGAAUUUAAAACCCUGUUCCAGCCAAUCAACUGCUACCACCACCAACUGUAAACCCCCUACAAUGGCUUUUGGGUAUCAACGCAAGGUGAAGCUCAGGCAUUGCACGCUCAAGAACUUGUUGCAGCAUUGUUCUCCUAUAGGUCAGUCCCUCCCACACACAGUAACCAUGAGAUGGGGAGCCUGGAGACAUUACAGUGGUGGGAGACCCUGCCUACCUCUUAGGCCUCGAGCAUGCAUUAGGGUAGGUGUAAUCACGCAGGGAUGUGUGCUAGGGUAACAUGGGGAGUACGAGAAGUAUUUUAUAAAUAAAAAGAGGUGAUUAGAAGGUAUGAUUUUCAAACGCUCCCAAUGUUGUCCUGAGUCUGCUACCAUUGACUUAAAUUGGAGCAGAAUUAGUUGAGUGCUGAGCUCUUUUGAGGGGAGAGGAGAGAAUCCUAAAUGAACCAGCACUUGAAAAAAAGAACUAACCCUACAGCGUGAUGGGCACGGCCCUGCUGCUCCCUAGAACCUGUGUGUGGCCAUAGGAAGGCCUGGGGUCAGUGCCUUUGAUCAGUUCUAUUCUUCAGCCUGAGAGAGAGCUGCUUUCCUCCGGAGCUUGGAAGCAAUAUAUAAGAAGAAAACGAGCAUGAUGAAAAGAAAACCUGUCCUUCUGUCCAGCUAAGCUCAGCGAGGUCACCCAGGCAGGGGACACUGUGUUUGAAAAUAAAAUGUUCGGAUGACAUUUGACACAGCUGAGCUUGCUGCUGCUUUCAGACCAUUUUCUGAAGCACUGUCUUUUGGGAAAUUGGGCCUCGGGAAGACCAGCUGAGAAAUUGAGGGCUAGUUUCUAAUAGACUUGAAUAGAACUCAAAUCUCACUGUUUAAUAUAGAAACAGAGCCAGACCCUCAGCUGGUGUAAAUGACCGUUCUGUUGAAUAAAGACUCCAAGAUGCAGGUGUAAAUCAGCAUAGCUCUAGUGAGGUCAUUUGUGUCACACUGAUGGACAGCAAGUAGGGAUCCGCCCCACAUUUAAACUCUUGCUGCUCUCGUUGAUCCAUUGCCACAGGUCCAAACUGGUUUAAACUGGCACAUUUAGUCUCCACCAGGCCCUAGUGGAAAUCCUUUCCUGAGCAACUUCAUUAGCAGCAGGCAGAUCUGCCACCAGUGGAAAUGUAAUUUAAAUCUUUAUUUUCAAAUCCCAGGGACAUUUGAGGGGGAGCACUGCUGGCCUUAUGAACUUCCAGAUCGCUCUGCUGAGGCAAACGAGGAGAGUUUCCCUCUGAGAAUAGAAUGCAUUUAUGACCGAGCAAUAGUAGUCUGUAACUACUGUAUAUAUCACCACAUGUACCAAGCAUAGCAUCGAAAGACCAUACUCAUAAUGUGUAAUGCACACAGUUUUCUAUUUAGCCUGCUCUUUUUAUAUUGGUCACCCUAGCACACCAUCAACAUAAACCUGUAGAGAUCACUUAUUUUUCCAAGUAAUUUCUGAGCCUGCCAUUCCAUUGUGCUCCAGUUUAAUACAAUAUAUACACAUGUGCAUACAUGUAUUUUCAGUGGGAAAAGUGUGUACAAGUUUAGGAUUCUUUAAAGGAAUACAAUGUAUAUUGCAACUAAUAAUAAAGUUAUGU